AAUUUGAACCAUAUUUGACCUUUGUAUUUAAAGCAGGGAGCGCCGGUUAUAACCUUUCUUCUUUCGUUGCGAAGCAGUUGUUAAAUUGUCUGUCUCUAGUUGGCAUUAUGGAAUCAAAUGAAGAGUUUGUUGUUGUCGACGACGAAAACAAUCGACGUCAGGAUUCUGUCGCCCGUUUGGAUGUGCUAGUUGAUUUAUUCAAAAAAACAAUUGAAACUCUUAACCAGUCCAGUAUCCUGUUAAAAGAUGAAUUGCAAACUGCCCUUAGUGUAACACUUCAAAAUGUCACUCCAGAUCAUUCGACCACGAUUGAAGAUUUAGUGAGGCAACUUGACAACAUAUCGGUGAGCCCGGAUGACGUUCGAAAGGCAUAUGUGAAACAGUUGUGCUCGAGGUUAGUGGCUGUGAAUGAAGAAAAGCAAUUCGUUAUGACUGAGUUAGUGGAACUGAAUGACCAGCUUCGGACAAUGGAAGUAGAGGCUCGCAAAUGGAAGAAACUCAUUGAACCAAUUUCCAAGGUUGCAGCUGACAUCAAGGAAUUAGAGUCUACCUACUUUUCCGAAUCAGAAGUUGACUCUGUAGACACAGAACUUCGUAUUGGGGAUGAAUCUACCGUUGAUGAUGUAUACAGUUUCCUCAAUGCCACACACAAUAAAAUCCAGAAUCUUCGUAACAAGGAGUUGUUUUUAAAAAACAAGGUUGAUAAAAGCACUUUAGAGACAUGCUCUGCAGUUUGCUUAGUAGACAGUAUUCAAGUUUCCAGUGCUAAAGAAUGUCUCAACAGUGGGAAUUCCAAUGCUAUUCAAACAGAUGAGACAAUCUUAAAGUGUGAUGCUUGGAUGCAAGCUGAGGUGUCUUCACCUACUGUGAUUUCGUCAAAUGCCACAAACCAAGUUGAACCACCAGCUUACGCUAGUCUUGCGAAAGCAAUGAUCAACCAGGCAACUGAAUCAGAAAAUAUUAAUUUGAAACAACUUGUUCGUGAAGAAAUUUUCCGUAUUUUAAAUGAAAAAAGUCAAACUUCUUCUAUGUCUAACAUGACAACUUUCGAUAUGGACAAUAGACUUAAUUCACUGUUAACUCCAGUAGUCAAACCUUCAUCUAAUCAACCAUCACUUAUUUCUACUGGAAAUGAAAUUUCUACUUCAAUUACUGAUUUUACUCAUUGGCCAAAUCUUCGUGUCAGUGAAUUUUCUUCUGUCGAUAUACCGCCUACAUCAAUCACAAGUGAGGCAUUUGUCAAUGGAUCUCAGGGAUUGACAGAAGUUUCAACUAGCAAUGAAUCAAAUUUAAUUUCAUAUAUUCCUAAUAAUUAUAGUUCAGAGUCAUAUAGAAAAGAUGCAACACCUUCUGAGCCUAAAGCAUUGAUGUCCUCAUUUUUCCCCUAUAUUGGUGGUUUUGUUCGCCGCCAAAUACAGCAAAUUGUUAAUAUGGAAAUCCCUUCGGAUUAUGGAUCAUGGUUAAGCGAACUGGGUUUGAAUCCUUCUGAAGGCAAUUUCAAUCAAUCUGUGAAACGCCAUUCUACUCCAAGCUUUUCUGCUCAUGAAGAGCAACCUUGGUGUCCUGGUUGUCGACAAAUGUUUGCCUCACGAACUGAACUAGAAGAACAUUUUCAAGGCUGUCUACUAUGAAUUCAUUGAAUUUCUUAUAUCCUGUUUAUUGUGAUAGCUAAAACAUUACCAUACUCAUAAGUAAUGUAACGCUUAUAUAUUACGUUCUCCUAUCAUCUAAGACUUCAUUUACCAUUCCAUACCAUUAUAUCAUGGGAAUUGUCAGAUAUCUUUCAUUGAUAACAUUAACUAACAGUUUGAUUGGCAUGUGUUUCUGAGGUGUUCUCUUCUCAUUUAGUUAAUUAUUUAAGAAAAACUCACUUUCAUGAUGACUGCCUGUUGUUGUUUUUUUGUUUUUUUUUAUCACCAUCAAUUCAAUAUCCAUUUUUAAAGUCAUUGAACAUGUUGAACAUUGAUCAUUUAUUCAUUAGUUGCUUUUUGUUGUUUAUUGAAGUCAACCGAAAGCCUCUUCUAGUUUUAUUCAGGAAAGGUCUUGCUAUGGGUUCAGUUGUUGUUGACUUGCGUAAAAUCUACAGUGUAUUUUUGUU